AUGAUGGGUGUUUUUGUCACACUGUUGGGCCUUUGGUUGUUGGCUGGCGUGACCUGCUCUGACACUCCCUCUGAGUGCAUCCGGGAAGAGGCGAGUUGUUUCUUGCAGCGGACACCAUCAGCUGGCAGUCUAGGGGGCAAUGGAUCCAUCAUUGGUCGCCAGAAUUGGCGCGGGCGCGGUGGGGGCAGGACGGAAAGAGAGGAAUGUCACGGGCACAUUCGGCCUGCAUUGAUUAGUGGCAAUGAUGGACCAGAGCCUUACGGGGUGUAUCAACCUUUGAACUCCAAUCCUCUGGGCACCAAGAAGAUGUCGAAAAUCUUCCAAAAACUUCAGAUCAACAGCAUUCGUCCCGAUGAGGCCGGUGUGGCCUUUGACCUUCGCUGUAUGUUUCCAGUGGCAUCUUUGGAUCAGCUGCCAGACCCCAACAACGAGUCCAACUGGCGCUGGAAUGCGUCGGAUCGAUUCUUCCAUGCUAUGAUUGCUGGAGGAUUUGCUCCGUUUCUGAAACUGGGAGUCAACACUUGGACCUCCACAAGGAUUAGUGGCCAGGCCUAUGUCAACUGGACCACAGGCAAUGUGACUUAUGUGAUUCCACCGAAAGCCUAUGAUAUUUGCGAGCCGUGGCCAGCCAUUUCACCUGUGAUAAAUGCAAUUGGCGCCCUGGAGGCAUUGGCACAUAUUGACACCCCGUUUCAUUGCAACAUGUUCGAACUCGAGAGUCCACAGUUGGUGAUGAAGAUCGUGGAGCGCUACAAUCGCCAUGGCGCACUGGAAGCCUCCAAGUGGCCUGGAGCCUUUGCCGGUGUUGAACUGACCAACGAAUGGAACACAUUGAUCUGUAUGCCUUACGGCUUCGGUGGUUGCAGCGCUAGCGGAAACGAACCCACAGCAAAAGACUGGGCGAAUUGGUGUUACGGUCGCCCUUUCACCUGGAGUAGCCGCUAUUGGGAUGGCACUCCUCAGAUGAUGUAUGACUUCUAUGUCAGUACUGCUAAGCUGAUCAAGCUACAGUACCCAGGCAUUCGCGUUGGCGGUCCUGCCAGUGGUUUUUCAGAGAGUUUUUUUCCAUGUGGAGACAUCAGCCCCACCAGUCUCGGUAUGACAUGGAUCAAACACUUCCUUGAGAACGUGAAAGCACAGGGCGCACCCCUAGAUUUCUUCAGCUUUCAUUACUAUGGUCAAGGACAAGGUCAAAGCACCGAUAUGGCUUCGCUCCCAACAGCUUACCAGAGCUUCUUGCAAGUGAUUGAAUCUGUAGGAGGCUUUGGGGACUUGCCCUUAGCCAUCACAGAAUACAACUCACCUUUUGUGCUCGGAAACCAGAGCGCUUACGUGGGUUCGCUGGCGGGUGCUGCAGACAAUGCAGCGAAGAUGGCCUUUUGGGUCAAGGAGCCCAGGCUGCACGCGGCCUUUCUGUACCAGGCCGUUUCGGGUGCUUUCGAAGCUCUGAAUCCUUACAGCUUUCCAUUGGGGUGCUCUGCCAAGGUGUUGGAGCCAGCUUCAAACUGCAGCAGCUGCUCUAUGAGCUUGAUCCAACAAGAGGCACCACCGGAACCCAUGCCCGCAUAUAGUGGAAGUGGGCCCCACUGUGGUUGUGGUCCUCAAGAUAUCCUUUGGGACAACAACGGCACGUAUGGACCAACUGGCGAGUGGGAUUCCAGCUGUAGUUGUCCCUUGGGUAUGCUGCAAGGAUGCACUGCCUGCGAUAACUACCAUUGUCAAUUUGGGCCAGAACCUGAAUCUGGAAUGGGAGCCGUCUAUGCCAAUGGCAGUCUUACUCCCACUGGUGUGCUCUUGCGCAUAUUGCGGGAAGCCCAGGGAAGUCCAAAGGUCAAGAUGGAGAACAGGACGGUGGCAAAGUUGGAGGCGAAAGGUGUCUAUCCCAUUGCUUGGCAGAGCAGGAAACGGGUAGCUUCGCUUCUCCUCAGCAAUCCUUCCCCAAAUGUAAUCCAUGGAUUGCCCGCUGUCUCUGAAUUGAUACCAUCAGCCAUCAAAGUCUUCAGAGCCCUUCGAUUGGCUCAGAGCAAUGGGUCACAAGAAGUGAGUGGCUUGGAUGGUUUUUACUCCACCGUUCCAUUGCUGGGGAAGGUCUUGCUGGCACCCAGGUUUAAGGGUCCGGCAUCCAAGAAACUUGGACCUUUGCAGCCCUUCCAAACUGUGAAGCUCAAGGUUUUCUUUACUGGCUGCGCUCACGAGGCUCCCCGGAGGUAUUAUAAUUGA